AUGAAUUUAGAUUUUUCUAAACUAACAGUCUACACCAAUUCCCUCCUUGCUUAUAGGCUAUUUGUUUUGGGCUAGAAUUAUCCUUUAUUGACUCCUUAAAUUAUACCUAAGCUUGAGGAAAAUGGUCUUUAUUUAGCAGCAGCUAAUUUGGCAGAAAAAUUAAAAACUUCUUAUUCCAAAGAUGAGUUGAAUUAGGCUCGAAAGACCAUUUCAGAGAAAAAGAAUUAGAUCAACCAAACCAAAAAUUUAUAAAAUAGAAAUGCUUUAAAAGAACUCUUCAUCUAAUUAGGAGACUUAUACUUGAAAUAUGGAGACUUAGUUGAAGCUUAUGCUGCAUAUUACAAGGCCCAUGAGAAUAAUUAGACCCAAGAAGCACUAAAUUAUGCCAAUUCCUGGGUGACUUGCAUGAUUUUAAGCAAUAAUUACAUGCACUACAAAGUUAUUAAUGUCAAUCCCAAAGACUCAGAUGUCAAAGGAUAUCAGAAGUGGUUAUUAUUGAGUGCCAUCAGAAACUACGUAAGAAUGGAUUACAAGAACUUUUUAAUUGACUUAUUACAAAUUGAUACUAAUCAUCUUGAAUCAGUGGACUUUAUCACAAGCUAUUUUGAUCUGAGCAAAUAUUUCGCAAUAGCUAGUCUAAUCACAAAAUUACCUAAGGAUAUCAUUGAAAUAUUAUAGAAUCCAUUCAUUAUUAGAAUACUUGAUGCAGAUCCUUCAGUGUUGGAGACUUUGAAUUGCUAUAUAGAUUACGAUUUCGUUCAAUUAAUUUAGAAGUCUUAAUUGCUCAUUAUUGAAUUGGAAAGAGAUGUUAUCUCAGCUCCACUCAUUUCAUAAAUAAAAGAAAAAGUCAUUAAUACAUUACUCAAAUAAUAUAUCAUUAAUUUCAGAAGAAUGUCUUUGGUUUCAUUAGCCAAUUUAUUGAACUUAAAACAUUUUGAAGCUCAAGCAUUAGUAGAAAACUUGAUUAAGACUGAAAACCUCAAUUAUGUUAUUGAUCCAAUAGAUAUGAUUGUUCAUGAAAAAUACACAAAUGAAUAAUAGUAAAUACGCCAAUGUCAUUAACUCGGAGUAACAGUUUUAAAAGCAUUAGAUCAUAAAUAUUUCUAAAUUCUACAAGAUUAAAAAUGA